AUGAAACGAUAUGGCAGCACGGAAGAGGCAGAAGAAGAGUAUCAGCAAGACGAAAAAACGAAAAAACAGCGUGUCACUUUUCUGGCUUGUACAAACGCAACAGGGGUGCAUAAAGUUAAAUUUCUUGUUAUUGGAAAGGCAAAAAAUCCUCGCUCUUUUAAAAAUUUUGAUUCUCCUGUUGACUACAAUUGCUCCAAGCCGUCAUGGAUGACGGCUGCCAUUUUUAAACAUUGGUUUCACCAUUCGUUUGUACCACAGGUCAGGAAAUUUUUAAAAGAUCAAGGAUUGCCCAAUAAAGCUCUGCUGUUGAUAGACAAUGCUCCAUCUCAUCCUCCCGAAAAUAAAUUGAGAUCAGAUGACGAGUUAAUAACUGCAAUGUUUAUGCCACCUAAUGUCACUCCACUCAUACAGCCAAUGGAUCAAAAUGCCAUACGACUUACAAAGCUUUUCUACAGAAACAGUCUUUUGGCAUCAAUUGUAGCCACAGGAACUGAUGUUAUUGAAGCCCUAAGGAAAUUGACGUUAAGCUAUUGGCUAUUUAGAUUUAGCUUGGCAGCAUCUUGAAAAGGAAACAAUAGCAAAAUGCUGGACGAACAUUUUAAGCUCUAUAGAAGAUGAAAAAGACUGUGAUGAGGAUAUUCCAUUAGCUACUUUGAGAGAAAGGAUUUGUUUACCAAUUAACUGCCAACAAGAACGCGCAAUAGAACUGCUUCAUUCAAUUAAUCCA